UGAGGUUAUAUGAGAAUAAAUUUUCCUUAGCAACGGCUUGAAAAGAUCAGUUGAUGGGCCCUUAAUCUUACGGACUAAAAAUGUCCGUGACAGUGCUCGUCGCAGUCCAAUACUUGGAAAAUAUUGGGCCGGCAAUAGCACAAUCUGGUUGGUUGACUUUGACAACAUGCGCUGCGGGUUGAUUUUAGCAAUUGGCCCUCUGAGCUGAAUCUCUGAAAUAACUCCUCUGAACUUAGCCGAAUUAGCUGUGUAAUGAGAUUAGUAUACUCCACUGUGGAAAUCUUGUAGUCUAACCGCCUGCAGCCUGACAAACAAAUGCCGGGGAUGUCGAAUGCGCAAUUUUCUGUACCCCCACCCCCUCCCUCACAGCCUUUAGUUGGUCAGCGGUUCUCUCUUGAAAACUUCGUGAAAGAGUCGUGAAAGAUACAUCUAGGUUACAUCACAUUUUCCGCCUAAUAUUCUACAAAGUUUGACAGCGAUUUCCAGGAAAAUUUCUGGCAAGAAUAUUUUUGAAUACUUAAAUAUCAAGCCAAACUAUGCUGUGAUGGAAAAUUCUUCAUUUGCGGUAGUUGACAUCCCAGAGUUUGGAGCUGCAGGUCAAUUUUGUCGUUCACUCCUCUGUGAUCAUGUCUUCUGUCAGUGCAUUCAUUUCUCUUGGAAGACAAGUUAACAAACUUACUCUCAACCAGUGGACGCUUCUUUAUCCCUACGUGCACGUUCGCUCACGACUUAAUCUACAGAAAGCAUGCUCCUAUAGGAUAAAUGCUGGAAAUGCUUUACGAACAAUUCGAACUUCCAUUAGUUUACCGUGGAAAAGUCAAGAGGUAGUUGAUCGAGGCAGAGUGCUAACUGUCCCCGGUUUUGUUCGGCGGAGUUACAGCAGUGACAAUAAUGGGAGAAAGGAAACGGAAGUUGUGAAACAAAGCCCUGCCAAGAAGCAGCUAAAGAGUGAAGACCUGUUUCGGAUACUAUCACUCGCCAAACCAGAAUACAAGAGUCUUGCAGGAGCUAUUGGUCUUCUGUUUAUAUCAUCGGCAGUGACUAUGUCUGUGCCAUUUUGUAUGGGAAAGAUCAUUGACAUUAUAUAUACCUCAAGCCAAGAUACUUCCCAGAUGGUGGAAACACUCUCCUAUGUUUGUAAAAUUCUUUGUGGAGUGUUUCUAUUAGGUGGAGCAGCAAAUUUUGGAAGAGUUUACCUUAUUCAAGUUUCUGGCCAGAAAGUUGUAAAGCGUCUGCGUGACCAACUGUUCAGUGCCAUAUUGAGGCAGGAAACAGCAUUUUUUGAUAAAACACGAACUGGAGAACUCAUCAAUCGGUUGUCAGCUGACACCAUCCUUGUUGGUAAGGCUGUGACCGACAAUGUAUCUGAUGGAUUACGAGCUGUUGCUCAGUCAGUGGCUGGUGUUUCUAUGAUGUUUUAUGUUUCACCCAAGUUGGCUGGUAUUGUCCUUGGUAUUGUGCCACCAGUAGCUAUUGCCAUUGUUAUGUAUGGUCGUUAUCUACGAAGUAUUACGAAGAAAACACAGGACUCUCUUGCACAAUCUACUCAGGUAGCAGAAGAGAGAAUCAGCAAUAUACGAACAGUAAGGGCAUUUGGCCAAGAGCUGAAAGAGAUACAAACGUAUGCUAACAGCAUACAAGAUGUGUUCAAGUUGGCAAAGAAAGAAGCAGUUGCAAGGGCAGUUUUCUUUGGCUUUACGGGACUCUCGGGUAAUGUCAUCAUGCUUUCUGUGCUGUACAGUGGUGGGAUGAUGAUGACAGAUGCACAGAUCUCAGUUGGAGACCUCACAUCUUUUCUGCUCUAUGCUGGAUUUGUUGGAAUAUCCUUUGGAGGUCUGAGCUCAUUUUAUUCAGAACUUAUGAAAGGGAUUGGUGCCAGUGGUCGUCUGUGGGAGUUAAUUGACAGAAACCCUACCAUACCCCUGACAGGAGGAUUACGACCAGCCAUGUAUGACUUAAGCAGUGGAAUUCAAUUUAAGGAUGUCCAUUUCACCUACCCAUCACGACCUGACAUGCCAAUCUUCCAAGGACUAACCCUUGAUGUACCAGCCGGAUCUAUUACAGCAGUUGUUGGGCCAAGUGGUUCUGGGAAGAGCACACUGGGGUCACUACUGCUUCGUCUGUAUGAUCCAGAGCAGGGUCAAGUGAUAGUUGGAGGACAUGAUGUGCGUGGACUCUCACCUGAUUGGCUAAGAGGUGCAGUUGGAACUGUUCAUCAGGAACCAAUUUUGUUCUCAAGUUCCAUUGCCGACAACAUUGCCUAUGGAGCAAGCACAGGUCAGCAAGUGAGCAGUGACGACAUCAUGGAUGCAGCGGUGCAGGCUAAUGCCUACGGGUUCAUAAAGAGCUUUCCUAAAGGGUUUGACACUAUUGUUGGGGAAAGAGGGCAAAUGCUGUCAGGAGGUCAGAGGCAGAGGAUUGCAAUUGCAAGGGCAAUACUGAAGAACCCUUCCAUUCUGCUGCUUGAUGAGGCUACAAGUGCACUAGAUGCCGAGAGUGAACACUUGGUUCAAGAGGCAUUAGAAAGGUUAAUGAAGGGUCGAACUGUCAUCACCAUCGCACAUCGCCUUUCAACUAUCAAAAAUGCAGACAACAUUGUUGUGUUGAGUGAUGGACAGAUCUCCGAGGCUGGCUCUUACAGGCAGCUGAUGGAUGAACCUAAUGGUUUGUUUAGGAAGCUGGUUGAGAAACAGACCAUUGCUCUUCAGUAAAUGACGCGCUGUAGUUUUUUGUCUUGUUAGGUGAUAGUUUAGGAACAACUUAUGGUGAAACAGUGGAAUCCCAAUUUCUUGAACGUCAAUUUUUGAACCUCCUAAUAGCUCGAACCAAAUGUUGUUUCCCUCUCUCUAGUCAAACACUAUGAUUUUACCCCCAAUUUCUCAAACUACCUAAUUUUUCAAAGCAACUUUUGUUUCCUUUGGAGGUUUGUAAAAUUGGGAUUUCACUGUAUUCAAUUACAUACAUAUCUGGUAAAAUCUGAGAAAGUAUUCUUAGAUAACCAUGGUUAAGAAUCCAGGGGCCAGAUUUGUGAAGCCCUCCCUACAAGUUAAGGUUCAUCCUAGGCAUUGUUUCCAAGCAAAAGGUAUAACUUGAAAAAUUCUUAGAAUAUGUCUUAACCUAAACGGGGGAGGGAAGUGGGACUUUGUGAAUUUAUUGGGCCCAUUGAUGUAACAUGGAUUUAAGAUUGGAAGUUCCGAUGAGGAUUGAGUGUUUUGGUAAGUCCCUGCUAUGAGAAAGUCAGUGUUGCUGGACUAGAAAGAAGAUAUGGGUUAGCAGCAUUCAGCUUUGUAAAGCUGUCAAGAAACCAAGUAAGCCGUGGCACGUUUGUGUCCUCUGCUGCCCUUAUGCCAUUAGCCACUGAAAUGUGGCAGCAGCCACUGAAAUGUGGCUAUACUUGUUUAUUGUAGAGAGGUGCUCUCCAUUCAACCAAAACUUCUGGAAAUUUCAAAAUGGGUACAAGUGGUAGGGACAGUUCCAAGAGUAGUUUCCAGAAAAUCCUAUAUGCAAACCAUUCAAUAGAAAAGUGUGGAAACUUUAGGAGGAAAAUCAAAUGAAAUGGAAAUUCAAAAAAAUGUGGUAUACCUUACUCGAUUUUCCACUUUUGGAAAUAUUUCUAGAAAAUACUGUUCCAUUUUGUCACUGGAAAUUUUCAGAAAUUUAACCAAAAUUUUUUGUUGAAAGGAAAGCACAUGAGGUAUCAUUAGGAAUGCCCAUACUUGUUGCAAUUGGUCAGGAUGUAAAAUUACAGUGUGGUCUGUUUAAUGUGAUUCCAAAAACUAGAGGUCGUCACUGUGUGUUUUCAUAACAGCAGUACAAUUAGGUAAGUGUCAUAAUUUCUUUCCUCUGUGUGCAAUAAAUUCCAAUAGAAUGUUCCUCUGUGCAUAUUGAUUCUAAAAGAGGGGAUUACACAGUUAUGAAACCCUACAACUUAGAUCUUUGUUGUAUGUUUUUGUUUGCUUUUUUGGCCUUGAUUAUGCACAAAACACAAUAAUUGUUGUUUACUACUGACUGAGAAAAUAUAACCAAUAGAAAUGUUUUGUCGACGAUUGUGCAUGGUGGUGGACCUUCCAGUAAACAUAUCUUGGUAUCUUUGUUGCUCCUUUGAUGUUUGCCAGGCUUCAUUACCAUUCCCCUCUAACAACUCUGCCCUCUGAAAUGCUUCUUGUCACCCGGCAAAUUAUUAACGCAGUCUCACAAAAUGCUAGAAACCUUCCAUUAAGCUAGUGGCAUCAUACCAUAUUCUACAUGUAUGGAAAUCAGAGUUCUGUCAGUCAUAAUUGACCACUCUUCCUCACACCUGCCAAGAAGUCAUUUUGAAUAUUUAAUAGAAUAUUUAAUUAGAUAGUCUUAAAGAACCAAUGAAAUGAAAUUUUCAUUUUGUAAGUACUGUAGUGUUAAAAGUAAGUAUCUUAAAAGUAAUAAACAGUGGCAAAUAUUACUUUGCUGUAGAGUAGUUUAUUUAUAACAAAAUUCUUCAUUCUGAUUGGUUCCCUGCUGCACACCUUUAUUGUGUAAUAUUAGUGUCUGCAAUAAUCUCACGGAGGGUGUGCGAGAGACAAGCUCGAUAUCCUAAUAAUGGCCUUAUACAUGUGCUCAAGGGUGCGAAGAGGAUUGAGCAAGUGUGAUGUGGGUGUCCAGUUCCAGCUGUCAAAUGACAACUUUUUUAUAAAUUUCAAUACCUGUAAUUGGACACCUACUAAAUAUACCACUCUGACUCACGUUUUUCCUCAAAAGAGGUUCUCUUAGACUUGCUUAAACUGCUCAUCAAGAGAUCUUAUGUCAUUUACACUUAAAAUUAUUUUUUUUUAGAAAAAAUCAAACUUGAAUCUUGUUGGUGAUGUGAUUAAUUUGUAAUUGGACCUUGUGUCAUACAAUUUCAAACUGCGUCUUUGUACUGCAUACCCAGUUACUCUCUGAAUUGCACUUCACUUAGUUCAGUUACCAAAUUCAAAUUACAAAUUGUUAUGUAAUGGUAAUUGUUAGCAAUAACCAUCAAGAUGUAAUUUCUUUGUCAGCUAUUAAACUGUUGUAGAUAUCAAUGAA